UGUUGGGACAAGUUCUUUAAAUGUGUAUUUGGAAAAAGCUACAUUUUUAAAGUGUUAAGACAUACUAAAGAAUAUCUCAUUUAACAGAUGGACUGAUUCAAGGAAGUCGGCCUCAACUCAGACUAUGGCCACCAAAUCCACAAAAUCAAGAUCUCACAGCAUCAAACCUGCCAAGAAGACUGGGAGUCCGAAGACAGGCAAAAAAAGGUCCUCUAGUGACAAAGCUGCCAAAAAAGACGUGGACAUCCUCAGUCCAGCAGCCAUGCAGAACAUGUCCUACAUUGCUCACAAUGCAGCUGCCUGCUUGGAGUUCAGAGGGUAUGGGUGGUUGAAGGACAAGAGAAAAAAGGGUAAAAAACAAAAGUAAGUUUUUCAACUGCAAAGUGAAGAGGAAUUUAUUCUGAUUCAACCACGUCAAU